CCUCACACCAUUGUGGGGACCCGGGAGACCUGCGCGCCUCUGCGCACCCCCGCGGCAGCCUGCAGGCAACGGGGGCGGGGACGGUGCCCGUCGCCCCCCACUUGCUCGCACCUGCGCGCCACUCCCGACUCAGUGGCCCUGCGGCAUCCACGGUCAGCACUCUGUCCCGAACCGGCCGGCGAGUGCACGGGCAAGGACUGUGCCGCCUCCCCUCGCCCCAGCCGGGUCGGAGGUCGCUGCGCCCGGGAGCCCGCGCCGUAGCGCACGCGCGCGCUUCGCCGCCAACUUCGGUGGGCGAGCAGGCGUGGGGGGGGGGGGACGCAGUCGGCGGCAGCCGCUUUGAGGAGACGCCAGUGCGCCCGAACCGCUCCCAGUAUCUGACCUCAGUUUCCCCUGCGGCGUCCACGGGUGAGCGCGGGAAGUUCGUUCCUUCUCAUAGACUUGGCGGGAGCCGCAGGCUUGGCUCGGCAGACGCGGGUGGCCAUGGUACCUGGACCUGCCCACUAGCAGCCUGCCAUGUCUCGAGAAGCAGGAUCAUGCCGUGUGGGCACAGGAGCCAGAGUGCGGUCACGGAAGCCCAAGAAACCACAUUACAUCCCUCGGCCCUGGGGCAAGCCAUACAACUACAAGUGUUUUCAGUGCCCCUUCACCUGCCUAGAGAAAUCACACCUAUACAACCACAUGAAGUACAGUCUCUGCAAAGACUCUCUCUCGCUGCUGUUGGACUCCCCUGACUGGACAUGCCGCCGUGCACCCCCCUCUCCUAGACCCCGGGUGCCCACUCCUGACUGCCCCAGGGAUCCUCCAGGCCCUGGCACCCAGCCCUCUGUGCCCAAUAUUGUGACUGAAAACCUCUCCCAGCACCACUGUGGUGGGGUCCCCAACCCUGGGAUUGAAGGGUCACCAGGGCCACUGCCCCCUUUGACCAGGGCCUCCCAAAAGGGUCCAGGUCCUGCUGGGCUCCUGGUAGAGUCAUGGAAGCCAGGGCUGGGGGGUGGCCCAAGGAGCACGACCCUGGGAGCUGUGGGGGCUAUGACCUCAGCAGGUCCUGAGACCAGUAUCCCCUGCUACCCGCCUCCUCCUCCAGGCGACUUCCCUGAAGCCCACAGCCUCCAUCUGUCUCUACUGGGUGUCAACUACCCUCUCAGCCCAGGUCUCUUCUCCUACCUGGGGCCCUCACUGGCUGCUGCUGCUCAUCUGCCCUUCCUAGCCUCAGCCAGCCCCCUGCUGCCCCCAGCUACUGCCAUGCCAUCCCAGCACCCUGCUGAGCGCCAGGCCCUGGCCCCCCGCCUAUAUUACCCACUACUGCUGGAGCACAGAGUAGGGCUGCCCCCAGGCAGGGUAGCCCAGGCCAAGCCUUCUGUGUCCCCCAAAGGACCCCAUGGGACUCUGGCUCCUGAGCUGCUGAAGCUGCCCAUUCCAGGGCUGGCUGGGGCCUGGGUCCACAGCACCCCCGGGGACCCAGGACAAGAGGGAGAUCUUGAGGGAGCUGUACAGAGUGACCACCAGAGGAGGCUGCCUCCAGGGAGCAGGCUGGGGCUCCAGAAGACCUCAAACCUGGCAAAGUGCCAUUCCCAGAGCAGCUUGUCGUCUGGCUCUUCCCUGAUGCUCUGGCCUGAAAACAAGGAGCUGAGUGAUCCUGAGGCCCCAGGCCUAGAGGUCCCCCUCACCCAGCAGCCACAGGGCCUGGUGCUGGGCAGCCCAGGACCUGUGAGAAAGGACCUGACCCGGGCCCUGGGUGACUAUGCCAGGGUGGAGCAAUGCCUGGGGCAGCUGGCCCCAGCUGGAGACCUGGUCCCUCGACCUCUUCGGGAACAAUUGGGUAAGAUCCGCCGUGAGCUGCUAACCAUUCACCAGGCCCUGGCACAAGCAGCACAGCCACCAGAUAUGCCCCUGGACCUCUCUGUGAAACGAGUGGCCACCAAGGGACCUGAGGCCACAGCAGGGGCCUGGGGACUACCUGAACUGGGACCCACACUGGCCAGGGGGCCCUCAGGGACCCCCAGCAUGCUGGGCCCUGCAGCGCCUCAGCCCUUCUCUGCCCACACCACCAAGUGUGAGGCUGACUCUAGUGUCCCACCCCCUGGCCUGCCUCUCCAGGGCCCUGAGGAGCCUGUCAUUCCUGGCAGUGGCUGGGGGACCUGUAUCAGGGCUGGGGGCUCCCAGACCCCUAAGGAUGUCCCUGGCCUUCAGAGUCCCCCAAGUACUGAGGUCUGAUCAUAGCCCCUUAGUGCACUGACUCUGCUCCAUAAUCCCAGCCCCACUCCAACCUCAGCAUGCAUGUGGACAGACCCCAAAGCCCAUGGUGAGGCUUGUUUCUGGGGCCACAUGGGAAUAGUUGGGUCAUGGUUAUUUAUUGAUCACCGUUGUGAACAUUAAAGUGGAAGUCACCUUCAAA